AUGCAGGGUUCCUGUAUUCUUCAUUUUGAUGGUACAUUAAACGGAAACCCUGGAAUAGCUGGUGCUGGAGCUGUGUUGCGAGCAGACGAUGGACGCUUGAUCGGUGAAAUACAUGAAGGUAUGGGUGUUGUAACCAACAAUGUUGCUGAGUACCGAGCUGUUCAGGGUUUAUGGAAGGUGAAAAACCAGAACAUGUCGGAUUUGUACGAAGAGGUGAAGAAACUGAAGGAUAAAUUGCUCUCCUUCAAGAUCAGCCAUGCCCUGAGGGUGAGCAAAGUUGAGUCUAUUUAUCUUUUGUGCUGUAUUGCUUUCUGUGGGUUUGUAUUAUACCGCCUCACAAAGGCUGCUUAUAAUAUUCUGACAUGUUCGUGUGUACCUUCAAGGGAACGAAACUCCAAGGCAGAUGCUCAAGCAAACUUGGAAAUCACUCUUGCUGAUGGUCAUGUCCAGGAGUCCGCGAAGUAG